GUGGAGCUGCGGGGCUGGACCCCAGGUCUCCUGACCAUGUCAGCGGAUGCCCAUUGGUUGACAGCAGAGGAGAGGAAACAAGUUACACUUGACCUUAAAGCAACACCAUGGUCGGAAUUAAGUGAGAGAGAUGCCAUCUACAAAAAGUUCUCCUUCAAAAAUUUUAAUCAGACAUUUCUCUUUAUGUCACAAGUUGCCCUACAAGCAGAGAAGAUGAAUCAUCACCCAGAAUGGUUCAAUGUGUACAACAAGGUCCAGAUAACUCUCACCUCACAUAACAGUGGUGGACUGACCAAAAGAGAUGUGAAACUGGCCAAGUUUAUUGAAAAAGUAGCUGUUUCUGUGUGAUUU